AGGACCCCUCCAUCCAGCUGUGUGCGGGCUUUGCUGAUGGACGAAACCGACCGAUUGCAGUCUGAGGGAGACACGAGUGCGAGUGAGAGCGCGCCGGAAAGGAGAAGAUGAGCCUUCCUUGACGUUUUUUUGAAUCAAAUCUGUGAACACGACACGAUGUGCAGCGGUGUCUUCGUGGAUGAGGUGUGGGAUCUCCGCUGAAAACCGCCUGUGGAUGCAAUAAAAGUGCUGGAUAUUUGUUUCUGACGCGGAGAAGCGACGGGGGAACCGAACUGAUGAUUUUUUAUUUUCCGCGCCUGUUCUCUGGAGACGAGAUGGGUUGCUAAGUAAGUUUUUUUUGCUCUUCGGAGGACGCAGAGACGCACUUUUAUCUCCGGUGUGCGUCAGUUUCAAGUGUGGAUGAGGCCCCAGGAGAGGGGAGAGCACCAGAGACCGGGGUCUGGCCGCGUCGUGUGAGAGCCAACCGCGCAGCAGCACCUGGGAACUAUAGCCUGCGGUCCGCCAGGCGCACCAAACACCCAGGACUCUCCGCAUUGGCAAACUCUUGGUUUUUUUCUCCGUUAGUUUCUCCCUGAAAACCGUAGUCGAUGCAUUGGCCAUUACAACUCCUGAUCAUGCGAUGAGUGAAUACGCUGUGGGCACAACUCCAGAGUCUAUUACAGGAGUGGAAUGAUGGCAGAGGAUGCGGAAAACCUCUCCGGGACCCCUGACCCAAGGGGUUCGGAGGGCCGCUCCUCGCUGCCUCGGAGUUUCAUCCGCCUCAAUGACCUGUCCGCGGUCGUAAGCGGAGGUGGAGAGCGCAGCGAAGUACUGGUGGAGCCUGCGUCCCCAGCGCCGGACCGGAUCUCUACUGCCGGAGAGGAUGCGUCGGUGAGCGGAGAGGAGAGUGUCCCUUACCCUGACCUGGCCCCUGUGGUCUUCUUCUACCUGAAGCAAACCACACGCCCCCGGAAUUGGUGUCUAAAGAUGGUCCGCAAUCCGUGGUUCGAGCGAGCGUCCAUGCUGGUGAUCCUGCUGAACUGCGUGACGCUGGGAAUGUUUCAUCCCUGUGAGGACAUCGACUGCGACUCGGACAGGUGCAAGAUCCUGCAGGACUUCGAUGACUUCAUCUUCGCUUUUUUUGCCAUCGAGAUGGUGAUUAAGAUGGUGGCUCUGGGGAUCUUUGGAAAGAAAUGUUACCUUGGCGACACAUGGAACUGCUUGGACUUCUUCAUUGUCGUGGCAGGGAUGUUGGAGUACUCCCUCAACCUGCAGAACGUCAGCUUUUCGGCAGUGAGGACAGUUCGCGUGCUGAGACCUCUAAGAGCCAUCAACCGCGUGCCAAAUAUGCGGAUUCUGGUCACACUACUGCUGGACACCUUGCCCAUGCUGGGCAACGUGCUGCUUCUCUGCUUCUUUGUCUUCUUCAUAUUCGGCAUAGUGGGCGUCCAACUUUGGGCUGGUCUGCUCCGAAAUCGCUGCUUUGUGGAGGACAACUUCUCUUUUCCCCUGUCUGUUGAGCGGGAGAAGUACUACCACACAGAAAACGAUGACGAGAACCCCUUCAUCUGCUCUCAGUCCCGAGAAAACGGCAUGAGGGACUGCAACUCUGUGCCCAAGCUGUUUGAUGAUGCUGGCGUUCAAUGCAGCCUGGACAAAGAUUCGUACAACAACACUGACAACACCACUUGUGUCAACUGGAACCAAUACUACAUCAACUGCUCCGCUGGCCACGUCAACCCUUUCAAAGGGGCCAUCAACUUCGACAACAUCUGCUAUGCUUGGAUCGCAAUUUUUCAGGUGAUCACUCUGGAGGGCUGGGUCGACAUCAUGUACUUUGUGAUGGAUGCUCAUUCUUUCUACAACUUUAUCUACUUCAUUCUCCUCAUCAUCAUUGGCUCAUUCUUCAUGAUCAAUCUGUGCCUGGUAGUUAUUGCAACUCAGUUUUCCGAGACCAAAGAAAGGGAAAGCCAGCUGAUGAAGGAGCAGCGAGUGCGAUACCUGUCCAACGCCAGCACGCUCGCUUCCCUCUCCGAGCCUGGCUCUUGCUACGAUGAGUUGCUCAAAUACCUUGUCCACAUCAUCCGAAAAAGCGCCAGACAGGUGGCGCACCUUUAUAGGUUCUUAGCCCGCCAUGCAGGUCUCAAUGUUGCCGCCUCCCCUCCAGCAACGGAACCUCAACGAAACCUCAGCCAGAGGAGAAGGCGGGUCUCGUCUAGACUGGGAUCUGUAUCAGUGCAUCACAUGGCACACCACCUUCACCUCCACCACCAUCAUUAUCAUCUGGGGAAUGGAAGCUUGAGAGGUCGUGGAAAUAGUGGAGGCGCAGAUAUGGAGGCUCUUUCCCACAACAACAAUGGAGGAACAUCAGCCCUGCCGCAACUUUCCGCAAUGGCCACCUCGUCUGAUGCAAAUUUGGCGGUCUUGUUGAAUCCAGUGCUCGGAGAAACCAAUUCUACCCUGAGUGUCUUCUUUCCAGAAACUCUCCAUCAUACACCGUCAAACACAAGCUUAUACCCAACAUCUGGCCCAAUGACCCUUGCUCCCACCCCAUUGUCCAGGCCCAUGAAGAGGAACUCAGUACCCUUUGCUGCACCUGGACCCAAGAACUAUCCCACACUUCAGGCCAGAGCCCUGGAAGAAUCGAGACGGGGGAGCGUCGCUACAAGCACCCUGACAAACUACAGCUACAACCUCAACAUCCCACCUAUGCCUCUGGGGAAAGGGAUGAGCAUGGUUGACACACACAGCCCCACAGCCCAGCUUUCCUACCAGCUGUCAGCACAUGACCUCACCGGCACGAGUGCAGCUGUAGAUUUCAACGCAUCAACAAUGGACCCGGAGAACUGCCCAUACUGCGCCAAGCUCCUUGCCAACGAAUUGGAAGGUGGCCAUGAGGGCAACGAGACACCUGGUGACUCUGACAGCGAGGGAGUGUAUGAAUUUAAUCAGGACCUCCAACGUAAGGAUAGAAGAGACAGCCGUCACGGCUGGAAGAAGCACCGGAGCAUGGGCAAAACUGCUGCCAAGGUGGUUCACUUUUGGAGGCUGGUGUGCGACACCUUCAGGAAGAUCGUGGACAGCAAGUACUUUGGCCGUGGUAUUAUGAUCGCAAUCCUGAUCAAUACACUGAGCAUGGGCAUUGAGUACCACGAACAGCCUGAUGAGCUGACGAAUGCGCUGGAGAUCAGCAACAUUGUUUUCACCAGCCUCUUUGCCCUGGAAAUGCUGUUGAAGAUUUUGGUGUACGGGCCUUUUGGAUACAUCAAGAACCCCUACAACAUCUUCGAUGGCAUCAUAGUGGUGAUCAGCGUAUGGGAGAUUGUCGGCCAGCAGGGUGGAGGGCUGUCUGUCCUGAGGACUUUCCGCUUGAUGCGAGUGCUGAAACUGGUCCGGUUCAUGCCGGCCCUGCAGAGGCAGCUGGUGGUUCUGAUGAAAACCAUGGAGAACGUAGCCAACUUUUGCAUGUUGCUGAUGCUCUUCAUUUUCAUCUUCAGUAUUCUCGGAAUGCAUCUGUUCGGUUGUAAAUUUGGGUCGGAGCGAGACGGAGACACCCUCCCAGACAGGAAGAACUUUGACUCGCUUCUUUGGGCCAUUGUGACCGUCUUUCAGAUCUUGACACAAGAAGACUGGAACAAGGUUCUGUACAACGGUAUGGCCUCCACUUCCCCAGUGGCCGCACUUUACUUCAUCGCUCUCAUGACGUUCGGCAACUACGUCCUCUUCAAUCUCCUGGUGGCCAUUUUGGUUGAAGGAUUCCAAGCAGAGGAAGUGGCCAAGCGAGAGGAUUUGCAUGCCCAGCUGAGCCUCAUUCAGCUGCCUGUAGACUCAGGGGGAGACGCUUCAAAGUCAGGCUCGGAGAUUGAUUCCAUUGUGCGCAGUAUGGAAGAUGUCAACGGCAGUAAGAAGGAUCUCUCGGCUUCGCCAGUUCCUGUAAAUGGUCAUGUGGACCUGAAGACGAGUCUGACUCCUCCUCUUAUAACCCACACGGCGGCCACGCCGAUGCCAAUACCAAAGUUACCAGUAGGUGCAGAUCCCAUCCUCGGCUACGAGUCUCGAAGGGGCAGCAACGUGUCUAUAGACCCUGCAGCUUAUGAAAAGUCACCGAACACCGCCCGCAGCACGUCUCCCUACGCCCCCUGGAGCUCCGGCAGUGGCAGAACAAGCCGGCGAUCGAGCUGGAACAGCUUGGGCCGGGCCCCGUCACUCAAGCGACAGAAGCGGCAGUCUGGGGAACGACGGUCCCUGCUCUCCGGAGAGGGAGGAUCCAGCUCCGAUGAGGAAGAGGGUGGUGGUGAAGAAGGAGGUGGGCUAAUGGAGGAGGAUGACACGUCCUUGGCCAGGACAGACUCCAUGUCCCAGUCACAGAGAAGAACUCGCCACCGGAGGAUGGAGUCAGUGGAGACCAGGAGCUCUAUGGAUUUGCCUCCAGAUGCUCUGCUACAGGUGCCGUACCUGUACCGCUCAGCCAGCAUGCACAGCUCCCGCCCCCCUUCGCUGGGUCUUUUGCAGACCACAGACUGUAAUGGAAAGGGCUCCUCGUCCUCUCUGGCCCCCAUUCACGUGUCUUUGGAUGAAAACACAGAAGAAGAAGCUGCAGAAGAGGAAGUUCCCACGGGUCGUUUCGCUCGAUUGGUCCGCUGGUUGGAGAAGAAACAGCCGGAGUGGUGUCGGGACCGAGACGCAUGGUCACUGUACCUCUUCCCUCCGGAGUCCAGGUUUCGCAUCACCUGCAGCCAGAUUAUUACCCACAAGAUGUUUGAUCAUGUGGUGUUGGUCAUCAUCUUCCUCAACUGCAUCACCAUCGCAAUGGAGAGGCCUCACAUCGAUCCUGGUAGUGCUGAGCGGAUUUUUCUGACAUUGUCCAACUACAUCUUCACAGUCAUCUUUGUGACAGAAAUGACUAUCAAGAUCGUUGCCUUGGGUUGGUGCUUCGGCGACAAAGCCUACCUGAGGAGCAGCUGGAACGUUUUGGAUGGAAUGUUGGUGAUGAUAUCGGUCAUUGACAUCUUGGUUUCAUUCAUCUCCAACUCGGGGACAAAGAUUUUGGGAAUGCUGCGAGUACUGAGGCUGUUAAGGACACUGAGGCCCUUACGCGUGAUCAGUCGGGCCCCUGGGCUCAAACUGGUGGUGGAGACCCUGAUGUCUUCGCUGAAGCCCAUCGGAAACAUUGUUGUGAUCUGCUGCGCCUUCUUCAUCAUCUUUGGUAUCCUGGGAGUGCAGCUCUUCAAGGGGAAGUUCUUUGUCUGUCAAGGAGAAGACGUGAAGAACAUCACCAACAAGUCCGACUGCAUGCAAGCCAACUACAAAUGGGUCAGACACAAGUACAACUUUGACAACCUUGGACAGGCCCUGAUGUCCCUGUUUGUCCUGGCAUCCAAAGACGGCUGGGUGGACAUCAUGUACGAUGGGCUCGAUGCUGUCGGAGUGGACCAACAGCCAAGAAUGAACUACAACCCGUGGAUGCUGCUCUACUUCAUCUCCUUCCUGCUGAUCGUGGCUUUCUUUGUGCUCAACAUGUUCGUGGGGGUGGUGGUGGAGAACUUCCACAAGUGCCGGCGCCAUCAGGAGGCCGAGGAGGCCAAACGCAGGGAGGAGAAGAGACAGAAACGCAUGGAGAAAAAGAGAAGGAAUUUAAUGGUUCCAGGGGUGAGUUGGGCCCUGUCUGACGGCACAUUGAAAGAAGCUCAGAGUAAACCAUACUACUCCGAUUACUCCCCUACUCGUCUCCUCAUCCACAAGAUGUGCACCAGCCAUUACCUGGAUCUGUUCAUCACCAUAGUCAUCGGUCUCAACGUCAUCACCAUGUCCAUGGAGCACUACCAGCAGCCGAAGGAGUUGGACGAAGCACUUAAAAUAUGUAACUACGUCUUCACGCUCAUCUUUGUUCUGGAGUCCGUCUUCAAGCUCGUGGCAUUUGGCUUCAGGCGUUUUUUCAAAGACAAGUGGAACCAGCUGGAUCUGGCCAUCGUACUGCUGUCCAUCAUGGGCAUCACUCUUGAGGAGAUCGAGGUCAACGCGUCACUCCCUAUUAACCCCACCAUCAUUCGCAUAAUGAGAGUGUUGCGAAUUGCACGAGUUUUGAAGCUCUUGAAAAUGGCGGUGGGAAUGAGAGCGCUGCUGGAUACAGUUAUGCAAGCCCUGCCACAGGUGGGAAAUCUGGGACUGCUCUUCAUGCUGCUCUUCUUUAUCUUCGCAGCAUUGGGAGUGGAGCUUUUCGGAGACUUAAUAUGUGAUGAGCUCCAUCCAUGCGAAGGCCUUGGUCGCUACGCCACUUUUAAAAACUUUGGAAUGGCAUUUCUACUCCUUUUCCGAGUUUCCACUGGGGACAACUGGAAUGGCAUAAUGAAGGACACACUGAGGGACUGCGCACAAGAAACCACCACCUGCUACAACACCGUCGUCUCUCCCAUCUAUUUUGUCUCCUUCGUCCUGACUGCGCAGUUCGUACUUGUCAAUGUGGUCAUCGCUGUUCUAAUGAAGCACCUGGAGGAGAGCAACAAGGAAGCAAAAGAGGAGGCCGAGUUGGAGGCCGAGCUGGAGCUUGAGUUGCAGGCGGAGGGCGAGAGGGCGGCGAGGUCGCCACAGCUAAACCCUCUGGCUCUCGCCGUGGAUAGGUCAAGCUCGGGGGGUUCCCCAUGCAGAAGCACUGGAGGAGGAGACAAGGAGCAGGAAGGGAGUAGACCUGCCGACACACCUGCUGCUGAUAUACCCAGAGACUCUGUAAAUGUAACUGAGGAGCCACCUUCAUACCCGGAGCUCCAACAAGAGUUUGUCCAGAGGAGAGCGCUGUUUGACUCGGUAUCCCUGGUCAUCCAGGGCUCAAUGGAGGGAGAGUUGAAUUUGAUGGACAACCUGUCCGGCUCUAUCUGCCACUUCUAUGCGCUGCCCCCCAGGCCCCGCAAGCACAGCUGCGAUAAGAAGAUUCCUCUAGCGGAGAUGGAAGCUUUGUCUCUGGCCUCUGAGACAUCCUGGUCUCUAGCUCUGACAGAAGAUUCGGGCCCUGACGAUUUUAACUCCCUCUUUCUAUCCAGUCUGGAAUGCAAUCCAGAGCAGCUCGGCUCACGGGAGCCGCUGGAGGAAAACCUGCUGACCGUCAGGAAGCCUGCAGUGGGACGCACGCACUCCCUUCCCAAUGACAGCUACAUGUUCUUACCUGUAGAGCCUCGUGGACUACCAGCAUCUGGCUCAGCACAGCUCCAAGCACAGACACAGGGAUCCCACGGUAUGCAUGGGUCCAACAGAGUCCCAUCAGGCUCCAGUGGCUCGGUGCGAUCACAGCCAGAGGAUAUGUCUCACCAGCUGAUGGUCCCCUCAGACCUCUUCCGUCCCAUCAGCCCGCACAGUCAUUCGGACUCAGAGUGUAUCCCCCGACUCCCCCCUCCGAGGCGCAUCCAUAAUCUGAGUCGCACGCUACGCAGACAGCGAAGCGGGCCUCAAAUGCCGCCUCAGUCACAACUGCUGCUCAGACACAGACACUCCUGUUUCUGAGAUGACUUUACAAGUUCAGCCUCGUGGACUUACUGUGCUUCAUAGUUAAGCCUCAGAGUUUAAGGCGGCAUACCUGUACACGUCACUCUUCAUGCUCCAAUUAUUUAUUAUUGCAUCUUUUUUUUCUGCUUUUUUUUUCUAUUUUUUUUUCCCUUUUUCACUCCAAGAGAAUAUAGCUCUUUUGACUCAGGGAAUGUGUAUUUAUACAAAUACAUCUCUAGUGAUCAAACCAUUUUAUAUUGCCCCGACAUAUACGAUGAACGAUGAAUAUUUUGCACUUGUGACUGUAGUACUGCUCUACGCCGCAUGGGAUCACUGUUAUCCCACAAAAAAAAAAAAAAAAAAAAAAAGCAGAAACGAAGCCCCCUUUGUAUUUAUCAAGCUAUAUUUUAUAGGGCUAGUUGAGGGUUGGUUUAUCAUCUUUUGAGUUAUGGAUUUAACAUAUUCUUUCCGUCCACCCUCUGACUCUUGGCUGAUAGUCUGAUGUUAAUAUGUACGAAAAGCUGCCAGUACAUUUGGGGCCAAAAGUCAGAGGGUUUGGUGUGGAUCAAAGUUCACAGUGGUUUUUAAUCUUGAUGAUAAGAAAAAAGCAAAAAGUUCACCAGCACAGCAUUUGAGUUAUACGGUUGUUAUACUCUGCUAAUACUUAAACCAUCUUGUCACAAUUGAACAAUUAAGAAUAAUCCACAGAAUGUGCCUUCUUUGAAACGUUUGAACGUGUCUUUAUGAUUUUAUAUAUAUAUUUAUUUAUUUUAUUUUUUUCCAAAAUGCAGAUUUAGUUCUCAUAUUUUCUAAACCCCCAACAUUCAAUUUUAUUCAAUUAACGCGAUAAGUCUAUGUAGAUAUUCUAACAUUUUUUGUUGAGUUUUUGUUUUUAGUAAUGGUGAUAAACAAAAUGUAAAACAGUAAAUCAUUUUUUACACACAUGAGUACACUGCUUCUUUCACUAGGGAAGGGAGGGAAACUCAGUUCAUCAUUUCUUCAGGAUUUAAGUGAUUUGCCAAAUAAAAGAAAGACAGACUGGAAGUGAAAGCUUAAGUAAUCAUCUAAAAACUAACUAAAUUCGGAAAAUCUAUUGUUUUAAAGAAUGACCUUCACUUCUAUGUCUCCCUCAAGAUUCCAUCUCAUAUAUUUCUCAACUCAGAAACAACACAAAACAAAUCUCUCAAACAGAUGCCUGCUGCAUAAAUGUCUUUAUGAACACACUCCAGGUCUGCUUUAUGCCGCGCAAGUUUUGCUCCUUGAUGUAAACAAAUACAAUUUUGCUGCACAAGAAAAUAAAUCUCGACUUUACUAUGAAAAUAAAGCUACAUCCCAAGGCAUGUGGUGUAAAUGCUUAGCAUCCUACCAGAUGUCACUGGGACCUCAGCGGCUCUGUGGACUCUCACAAUGGUUGUAAAUACUUCAGUAAGAGGCAUCAAACGCAUUGGUGCGUUGUGGGCUACUAACUAGACCUGGGCAAUGUGGUGAGUCAAGCAGAUGUGGAAGAAGACAGUAUCAUUAUAAAAAUAUAUAGAUAAGUUUAAUAUAUAUAUUGAUACGUUCUUAAAACUGUAUUUUCACAUCUCCAAUGCUCCACUGCUUCAAGUAAAUUGGCAUCCACAACCAUAACAACCAUUUCUCCCUCCUUAUGUUUAUUGAACGUAUUCAAACGACAAACCUCAGUCAUAGCUGAAAGUUUG